UGCUGUUACAACAGAGGCAAUACCACCAUCUGAUACUGUUGCACCAACUGGUUCUGAUAUUACUAAGGCUGAUGUUACAACAGAGGCAACAUCACCAUCUGAUACUGUUGUACCAACUGAUUCUGAUAUUACUAAGGCUGAUGUUACAACAGAGGCAACAUCACCAUCUGAUACUGUUGUACCAACUGAUUCUGAUAUUACUAAGUCUGAUGUUACAACAGAGGCAAUAUCACCAUCUGAUACUGUUGUACCAACUGAUUCUGAUAUUACUAAAGCUGAUGUUACAACAGAGGCAGUAACUUCAACUGAUACUGUUGCGCCAACUGAUUCUGAUAUUACUAAGGCUGAUGUUACAUCAGAGGCAAUAUCACCAUCUGAUACUGUAGUACCAACUGAUUCUGAUAUAACUAAGGCUGAAGGUACAACAGAGGUAGUAACUUCAACUGAUACUGUUUCGCCAACUGAUUCUGAUAUUACUAAGGCUGAUGUUACAACAGAGGCAACAUCACCAUCUGAUACUGUUGUACCAACUGAUUCUGAUAUUACUAAGGUUGAUGUUACGACAGAGGCAUCUCCAUUUGAUACUGAAACAACAACUGAGUCUGAUAUUACUAAAGAUUAUGUUACAACAGAGCGGGUAUCCCCGACUGAUCGUGUAACACAGACUGAGACUGACAUAACUGAAUCCACAACUAAAUCUACAACUGAAUCUCGUUUUACAACAGAGUCGGUAUUUCCAACUGAUACUGUGGUACCAACUGAGUUUGAUAUCACUGAGUCAGAUGUAACUACAAAGGCUGAUGCUUUAGCACCAACUAAGUUUGAUAUUACUGAGGCAGGUUUAACAACAGAAGCAAUAUUUUCAACUGUUGCUUUAGCAUCAACUGAUAAGGCGAUAUCUUCAACUGAUAGUUUAGUAUCAACUGAGUCUGAUAUUACUGAGGCAGAUGUUACAGCAGAGGUGGGAUCUUCAACUGAUACGACAGCUGCAACGGAGUCUGAUAUAACUGAAUCCACAACUAAAUCCACAACUGAAUCUCGUUUUACAACGGCGUCGGAAUCUCAAACUGAUACUAUACCAACAACAAUAUCUGAUAUUACUGAGCCUAGUGAUGUUACAACAGAGGCAAUAUCACCAUCUGAUACUGCUUUACCAACUGAUUCUGAUAUUACUAAGGCUGAUGUUACAACAGAGGCAAUAUCACCAUCUGAUACUGCUGUACCAACUGAUUCUGAUAUUACCAAGGCUGAUGUUACGACAGAGGCAAUAUCACCAUCUGAUACUGCUGUACCAACUGAUUCUGAUAUUACUAAGGCUGAUGUUACAACAGAGGCAGUAUCACCAUCUGAUACUGUUGCGCCAACUGAUUCUGAUAUAACUAAGGCUGAUAUUACGACAGAGGCAUCUCCAUUUGAUACUGAAACACCAACUGAGUCUGAUAUUACUAAAGAUGAUGUUACAACAGAGCGGGUAUCCCCAACUGAUCGUGUAACACAGACUGAGACUGACAUAACUGAAUCCACCACUAAAUCUACAACUGAAUCUCGUUUUACGACAGAGUUGGUUGGUCCAACUGAUACUCUUGUAUCAACUGAUUCUGAUAUUACUAAGGCUGAUGGUACAACAGAAGGGGUUACUUCAACUGAAACUGUUGCGCCAACUGAUUCUGAUAUUACUAAGGCUGAUGUUACAACAGACGGGGUAACUUCGACUGAAACUGUUGUGCCAACUGAUUCUGAUAUUACUAAGGUUGAUGUUACGACAGAGGCAGUAUCACCAUCUGAUACUGUUGUGCCAACUGAUUCUGAUAUUACUAAGGUUGGUGUUACGACAGAGGCAGUAUCACCAUCUGAUACUGUUGCGCCAACUGAUUCUGAUAUAACUAAGGCUGAUGUUACGACAGAGGCAUCUCCAUUUGAUACUGAAACACCAACUGAGUCUGAUAUUACUAAAGAUGAUGUUACAACAGAAGGGGUAUCCCCGACUGAUCGUGUAACACAGGCUGAGACAGACAUCACUGAAUCCACAACUAAAUCUACAACUGAAUCUCGUUUUACAACAGAGUUGGUUGGUCCAACUGAUACUGUUGUAUCAACUGAUUCUGAUAUUACUAAGGCUGCUGUUACAACAGAGGCAAUACCACCAUCUGAUACUGUUGCACCAACUGGUUCUGAUAUUACUAAGGCUGAUGUUACAACAGAGGCAACAUCACCAUCUGAUACUGUUGUACCAACUGAUUCUGAUAUUACUAAGGCUGAUGUUACAACAGAGGCAACAUCACCAUCUGAUACUGUUGUACCAACUGAUUCUGAUAUUACUAAGUCUGAUGUUACAACAGAGGCAAUAUCAACAUCUGAUACUGUUGUACCAACUGAUUCUGAUAUUACUAAGGCUGAUGUUACAACAGAGGCAGUAACUUCAACUGAUACUGUUGCGCCAACUGAUUCUGAUAUUACUAAGGCUGAUGUUACAUCAGAGGCAAUAUCACCAUCUGAUACUGUAGUACCAACUGAUUCUGAUAUAACUAAGGCUGAAGGUACAACAGAGGUAGUAACUUCAACUGAUACUGUUUCGCCAACUGAUUCUGAUAUUACUAAGGCUGAUGUUACAACAGAGGCAACAUCACCAUCUGAUACUGUUGUACCAACUGAUUCUGAUAUUACUAAGGUUGAUGUUACGACAGAGGCAUCUCCAUUUGAUACUGAAACAACAACUGAGUCUGAUAUUACUAAAGAUUAUGUUACAACAGAGCGGGUAUCCCCGACUGAUCGUGUAACACAGACUGAGACUGACAUAACUGAAUCCACAACUAAAUCUACAACUGAAUCUCGUUUUACAACAGAGUCGGUAUUUCCAACUGAUACUGUGGUACCAACUGAGUUUGAUAUCACUGAGUCAGAUGUAACUACAAAGGCUGAUGCUUUAGCACCAACUAAGUUUGAUAUUACUGAGGCAGGUUUAACAACAGAAGCAAUAUUUUCAACUGUUGCUUUAGCAUCAACUGAUAAGGCGAUAUCUUCAACUGAUAGUUUAGUAUCAACUGAGUCUGAUAUUACUGAGGCAGAUGUUACAGCAGAGGUGGGAUCUUCAACUGAUACGACAGCUGCAACGGAGUCUGAUAUAACUGAAUCCACAACUAAAUCCACAACUGAAUCUCGUUUUACAACGGCGUCGGAAUCUCAAACUGAUACUAUACCAACAACAAUAUCUGAUAUUACUGAGCCUAGUGAUGUUACAACAAGUGCGGUAUCACCAGCUGAUACUGUAACACAAACUGACAGUACAUCUGCUGCUAGGGUUACAGCAGAAGCGGUAUCUUUGUCUGGUACUGAGGCACCAACUGACACUACUGUUACUGAUGCUGAUGUCAAAACUGAGGCGGUAACUGCAACUGAGACUGUGGCUUCAACUGUGUCUGAUAUUACUGAUGCUGAGAUUACAACAGAGGCGGUAUCUGCUCCUGGUCCUUUAACUACUUCUGAAGAUGAGCUUACAACUGCUACCACCUCAGCUACAACUACUGCUGCUCCUUUAACUACUUCUGAAGAUGAGCUUACAACUGCUACCACCUCAGCUACAACUACUGCUGCUCCUUUAACUACUUCUGAAGAUGAGCUUACAACUGCUACCACCUCAGCUACAACUACUGCUGCUCCUUCAACUGCUUCUGAAGAUGAGCUAACAGCUGCUACCACCUCAGCUACAACUACUGUUGCUCCUUUAACUACUUCUGAAGAUGAGCCAACAACUGCUACCACCUCAGCUACAACUACUGCUGCUCCUUCAACUGCUUCUGAAGAUGAGCUAACAACUGCUACCACCUCAGCUACAACUACUGCUGCUCCUUCAACUACUUCUGAAGAUGAGCCAACAACUGCUACCACCUCAGCUACAACUACUGCUGCUCCUUCCACUACUUCUGAAGAUGAGCUAACAGCUGCUACCACCUCAGCUACAACUACUGCUGCUCCUUCAACUGCUUCUGAAGAUGAGCUAACAACUGCUACCACCUCAGCUACAACUACUGCUGCUCCUUCAACUACUUCUGAAGAUGAGCUAACAACUGCUACCACCUCAGCUACAACUACUGCUGCUCCUUCAAC